AUGAGAGACGAUCCCCAGACUCUCUCGCAGUCGGCUGGAGACCCGACCCUGCAGGAGUUCGGAUGGCGGAACACGCCAAGGAUCAAUUUUGCCCCGGAGCGACGGAUCUUUCCGUUCUCCCCUGUGAUCGCGCUUCUUGUUGUGAUCCUCCUUGUCGAGGUCUUGGUCGCCCUGACGUUCUACGGCAGGCUUCAGGACGCGCGGGCCGAGGCGCUAACGGCCAACGACCGGCUCGUGUCGGUUGAGCGGGCACUUCAGCAGGAGCGGGCCGCGACGGCCGACGUAGCCGCUAAGAUCGAAGACAUUGAAGAAGAGAUCAAGCAGACUGAGCAACAGAGCGCCGGCGCCAUCGAAAUCUACAACCGGCUCACUCAGAGGCGUCCCGAGUGGGCCGCCGCUCUUCAAGCGCUAUUGCAGGCAGACAAUACCGACUUUCGGAUAUACAGCCUAGCGGCGAACUCGCCAGCCAUGGUCGGUUCGCCCGCCCAAAUCAACCUGUCCGCCACCGCCUCCGGUGCCCACACAGUCGGCAUUUUCCUCGACUACAUGGAGACCGUCGACGACUUUCUUGAACUUGCCAGUUGGAAUACGUCACUAACCUCUGAAGACAGAACCGUGUUAGAGGCCGUGGUGAGUCUCAAGUGA